AUGACAGAUUCGGAAGAGGUGCUGGAUCUCUAUGAUAUCGCUGUCUUGCUAAACUACGAGCGUAUCACUACAGAGCCUCGGUUUCGACACACUAGAUUGAGAGAAGUCGCCUUUCCCGAUACCGAACCACGGACAGUCGCGCUCAAUAAUUUGGUGACUCAAGGCUGGAACAAGAAUGCGUGUACCUGGAUCAUACUAGAUCAACAGCAAGCGAGUACCCCAAAUGCUCCAGAUCUUCCCACCGAUUUCCUGCUUCAGGACCAAAUCGAGGACAGCACACUCUCGAACGAGCAACUGGAGACUUUGUUUUACCAAGCGCGCAAUCACGAUGGCUGUUACCAGGCCAUCAGUCUUCUCCAAAUAUUUUUCGCCCUCUUUCAUGACAAGACGAAAUUGAGGGUGCGACAUUUUCCUUAUGGUAAGGGGCCAGGCUCAUCUUACAUGACGACCAUUAGUAGGCGCGUUGUUGUUGGAGAAACUUUCCGCAACCCAAAGCUUACGACCGCUAUCUACGUACUCCCAGAAGGUACAAUGUACACUAGUGGUCACGAGUCAGAACUGAAGCAUGCGGUCGUAGGAUUUUCCCCGCACGACAGCGAAACCGUUCAGUCGUUUCUCGACCUUUCUUCCAUGCAAUUUGGCGAUGUAGGUCGUGGUCCUGGACCAAAAGGAAAGCAAUUAUUUGCUCUGGAUACCCCCGAAGAGUUUGCGGUGCGUUUCAGUAAACUAGCAAAGGGUGCGAAUUCCAGUAAGAGCCAACGCACUUUGGCGAUUAGUGGUACACCUGUAGAUGACUGGCUCGAACAAGUGGCAUUGAGGACGAAGGAGAGGUGGGACAAACGUGCCAAGGAGAAGUGGUGCGGUCAUUGCGGAGCUCCAUGCGCAAAGUCCAAGUGUGCUGGAUGUGGUAAUGCGUACUACUGCGGAAAAGAACACCAGAAGAUGGCUUGGGGCUUCCACAAGGGUUAUUGUUCAAAAUCAUGA